UUCGAAACGGUAGUCUUGAAACAGUGCUCUCCCGUGGGAGUGGGAAACAUUCAUGGCCACUGGUGUUGAUACACUAACUAAUUGACUCUGCAGAGUGAGAGUGUUUUGUGUUCCGAUGCAGUCCGGUUAAUUAAAUUCAAGUUCACGGUUGAAGUAAAAGUUAUAGGCUGGAAGGAGCAGUGAUUUGAAGCCUCAGCGGAUUAUCAGCAGUCAACAGGGAAUCGGAUUUUCCAACACAAAACCAAACGACCUGUAUAUCAACUAACUAACGAACGGAUAGAUAAAACAAUGAAAGUGAAUUAGAUUGCACUUCUACUCCGUGCUCGGCAAAACGAAUAAAAAUUGAAAAAAAAACUUUUUGCAAGCAAUACGCGCAAUUUGAGUUUUCGUCCAACAGAAGGAACAGUUCGAAAACCAACGGCGAUGGGUUGCGCCAGCAGUUCACCACUAAUCAACGGAGGUGGUCCCGGUGGCAUCGUAGAAUCGGUUAAGGAUACUGCCGGCAAAACGGCCACCGAUGUACUACAGGCCGGAGAAAGUGCGAUCCAUGAUGUCGGCGAGCACGUGAAAGGUGCGGUCCAAAAUGUGACUAACGAAAUCGGAAACGUACUGGGCGGUGGCAAAAAGGACCUGUCCGAUCGCAUCAACGAAAACGAUUUGCCGCAAAUAAACGGACACGAUAGCGACGGUUCGGACUACAAAAUAAUACCGCUGAAGGAUCCCAAACAGGCCGGUGUCGACGAGAAUCUGGAAAACAUGAAAAAUAACCUGCUGAAAAAAGCGCAAAGCUUCGGAGACGAUGCGGAUAAGAUGGCCGAUGACAUCAUUAAGGAAACGGAAGAUUUGAUUCGUGACGCGGAAACCGGCAUCGCCGACUGUGGCACCGAAAUAACGACCCGAAUCACUUCGCUCGAGGACGGCAGCAUCGAGAUACUGAACUUGGAAGGUAAUGUCACUAACACUCCGACUCAUUCCAUUGACAGCUUGAAAACUUCUUCACCAGAGCCAGAAAUCGAACGAAUACUGGACAACGAACCGAAAUGUCCCCCCACACCGGAGGCCACGAUGAACAGUUUGCUGUCGUCCGAGGAUGCCCCGACCGAUUCCGUGACGACCGUGCUCGAGAUGCAGACCCAGGAUGCUGCAGCUGAGCCUGAUCAGGGAUCAAACGAUAGCAAACGGGAAGCGUGAGUACGACAGCGACACUGAAGCAAACGUUUAGUGCAACUGCACCUCCAACACUCCCUCCCCUCCCGCGUUGGUUUGAUAGAAGAACAGAAAUUUACCACUCUUACAGCAUCUGAAUCGCUGUAAUUUUUGUACAAAUUUUUAAAAGAUACAUUUUCGUAGCAGAAGGCAUUUUUACACUGUAACUAGAUAGUGUUAGGGCGACCUGAUUGUAAAUACAUAGUUUUAUUUUGAAGUUCCCUUACUUUGGCUGUAAGCAGAAAUGUUUUAUUGAAUUUUGAUAUUUUUUGUACGAUACUACAAUAGAAAGCUUAGUUUUAUUUGAUACUGAAUAACAGAAAAACCAUCAUUUUCGAAGAAUUUGAUAAAAACGAGCAAUCCAAACUUUGUACAUAAAAAGAAACAUUUAAUAUCAAUAAAAGUCUUAGUGUUGUACUCUA